AACUUUCCAAUAUCUAUCGCCCGGUUGACAUCAUCUUUGCUCACCUCUCACCUCUCACCUGUUUGCUCUCUUCCUCAUAAAAUCCAGAAGUUGAGAGGCAAUACCACAAUCAACAACAUCAUAAACAUCACGACAACCAUCAUUAUAUUCAACAGAAAACCAUGACUAUGUACUCCAAGAAAUCUCUCCAGGCAUUCGUCGCCUUGACAGCCCUGGCCGUUUCUGCUUCUGCUUUUCAAGGGGUAUCUGUACCGAAAAGCCGAUCGUCACAGUCACUAUCCGCUUUGAUUUAUGGCUGGGACGGCCAACCCGAAGAAGACAACAGCGCUGUCACAUCCUAUCUCGAUGUGGGCAGCAGCAGCAGCAUCAGCAACGACUAUGGUGGCGAUCCCUCCUGUACUCCCGCCGGUACGACAGUAGCCGAAUCUCUGAGCUACGAUCGCGAACGUGCGGGUCACUUGGCCCGCUUGGCCGUGGCAUUUUCUCCCCCGGAACGGGCCAUUACUUUGGAUCGCGUGUUGAAUGUCGAAGUGAUUUGCGUCCGAGACGACUCGAUCGAAAUUCAAGCUGCCAUUUGCGAAGACCACGGCUGUGUGACACUGCACGUGCCCGUAACGUUCCCAAAGGCGUGCUUUUCCGACGAUCCGCACAACUUGGAGGGAUGUGUCUUGGGAAAUUUGGAUCAACUCGAUGUCACGGCCGGGGCUCUUUUGAAUAAGGGUGAUGAGUGUGUGUUGGAUGAACGAUUCGAAGCAUUUCCCAGCUGGUGGAUUCCAUUGGAAUGCAUCGAUCCUGGCUUGGCGGGAGAUUGUGAAACCGUGCGCCAAUUAAUUAACGAGGCCGAAUUUCAACUCGAUGUCAAUGCAUUGGCCCAAGAUGCGCUUCGACGCAUUGAAGCGGGAGAAGAAAUCCGGGUCUUGGCAGCCAAGGUGGCCAUUUUAGGGACUGCUGGAAUUUGCUUCAAAGUACAGGUACAACACGAAUUGAAUGGAUCCGUGCAAGUGUUGGACGUGGUACAUCCAUUUGAUACACCCACCUACAAUGUCGAGGCUCUACGGGCAGCAGUGUUGGGGGCGGUGGCUUCAGCAGAAGGAAAAUAAAUGCAAUGCAGAGCAAGGAAAUGAUGCCGAAGAAACCAAAAGGAAAUUUACCAGACUUCUCUUGUUGAAGAAGGGAUCUGCUGAUCGAAAACUGAAGGAAAAACCUCUCCGAUGCAACACACAACCUAUCCCGUUAAGCUGGACACAGACACUCGAACUUCAAAUAAUAACCAACAGCUGUCUUCGUGCGACCUUCAGGUUGGGACGUGAUUUUCUGUGUUUCCAGGAGAGAAAACUUGCAACAAAACGACAUGCACACGAUAAACAUAGAAUUUUGACGAUUGAUUAUACUGCGUUUUUUGUGGGC